GGAUUGCGCGGAGCUCGGCGGCGCCAAACGUUGGGGCUGCUGCGGCGGGGCUGCGCGGGCUUGGCGGUGGACGACACGGUUAACGGGCUGAGCGAGGAGCAGCGACAGGCAUUCGCAUAUAAUUAAAUGAAACCGUAAGCAGCUACUGGAUGGGGAUAAUACAUCAUAAGCUCUGUUCAUCAGCUUUCAGAGUUUUUUCUGACCAAAAACAUCCUCUGAAGCCCUAGUGCAGCUUAGACAGACCAUGACAAAGUUCUGUCAAGAGCAUUUGGCUCCGAAGGCCCAACAGAUUGACCAGGAAAAUGAAUUCAAAGGCAUGCGGGAGUUUUGGAAGAAACUUGGGGAACUGGGAGUUCUGGGGAUCACAGCUCCUGUGGAAUAUGGUGGAUCUGCUUUGGGGUAUCUGGACCACGUGCUGGUGAUGGAGGAAAUUUCUCGUGCAUCAGCAGCUGUUGGGCUUAGUUACGGUGCCCACUCAAAUCUUUGUAUCAACCAGCUGGUGCGUAACGGCAAUGAGGCCCAGAAAAAUAAGUACUUGCCCAAGCUGAUCAGCGGGGAACACAUUGGAGCCUUAGCAAUGAGCGAACCCAAUGCUGGAUCUGAUGUUGUGUCCAUGAAGCUGAAAGCAGAUAAGAAAGGAGACUACUUUGUUUUGAAUGGGAACAAAUUUUGGAUCACCAAUGGGCCAGAUGCAGAUGUUCUCAUCGUUUAUGCUAAAACUGAUGUUAAUGCUGUUCCAGCCUCCCGCGGUAUAACUGCGUUCAUUGUGGAGAGGGGAAUGCCAGGUUUCAGCACAGCCCAGAAGCUCGAUAAGCUGGGAAUGAGAGGGUCUAAUACCUGUGAAUUGAUCUUUGAAGACUGCAAGAUCCCUGCUGAAAACAUCUUGGGGACACUGAGCAAAGGAGUCUACGUUCUGAUGAGUGGAUUGGACCUGGAGAGACUCGUGCUGUCUGGUGGGCCACUGGGGCUCAUGCAAGCUGUUCUUGACCAUGCAAUUCCAUACCUACAUGUAAGAGAAGCAUUUGGACAGAAAAUUGGCCACUUCCAGCUCAUGCAGGGCAAAAUGGCUGAUAUGUACACACGGCUGAUGGCGUGUCGGCAGUAUGUCUACAACGUGGCAAAGGCCUGUGACCAGGGCCAUUUCAAUGCAAAGGACUGUGCUGGAGUGAUCCUGUAUUCAGCAGAGUGUGCUACCCAGGUGGCUCUGGAUGGGAUUCAGUGUCUGGGUGGGAACGGUUACAUCAAUGACUAUCCCAUGGGGCGUUUCCUGCGUGAUGCCAAGCUCUAUGAGAUAGGGGCAGGCACCAGUGAAGUGCGCAGACUUAUCAUUGGCAGGGCGUUUAAUGCCACUUUUAAGUAACGUCUGCCAGUGGAGGGGCAGCACCCUGACCACCACGAGGCCUUUGGCCAUAGAGGCUGGAGCGCACAAUUCUUGUUCUUCCUGCUUGUGAUUCUGGGAUCGUCACUUGUGGACUCUCUUCUGUCUGCUCUGUGAACAGAUGCUGCUGGACUGGGCUUUGACAAAAUGAAUCAGACGGUAGCAUGGAAGGAAAAGUGUUUUUUCUCUUCUCAUGAUCAUCCUGUUUAUAAGCCAUCCUGAUUCUCAGCAUUAUGGGGUUGAGGUUCAUCCAGGGGACAUGCCAUCAUUGAAGCAGGCUGGUGAGCAGUAUGCCUGAAAUAAGAGGAAGCCAUUGCUGAGCAAAGGAAGUCAAACCCCCACCCCCAGCCCCAAAAAUGGACAUAGAGGGAACAAUUUUGUUCUUUUAAAAAAAACUGAGUGCCAUUAAAUAGCUAGCAUUUUAUGAUAUUACCACUGGAAGGUGAAAUUUCCCACUGUGACCUUCCAAUGGGAUUAAUAACUUCCAUUUUGGGAACUCGACACCAACCACAUCAUGGGGGUGGCUGUCAUGAACACUCAAGCAUCAUUGAUGCACAAGCAGUGUUUUAGGUGAUGAUUCCUAAAACCUCGUUAAAAUACCACAUCUGUUUCUUUGCAUACUUCCUUUCCUAUUCCUGCUGCUUCUCAAGAUAUUUUAGCACAGCCCCAAGUCUUUGCUCCUCUGAUUGACUACCUCCUGCUGUGUUAUUCAUUCAGAGGUGUCACCAUCCAUCAUUCUGGUAACAGUUAAAACGUCAGACCUGUAUUGUGACAUCCAUGAAUGAAGCAGGCAGGAGGAGGUUGACUUUUUGGGUUGGGGUUAUUUGGUUUUUUGGUUUUUUUUUUUUUUUCUGAGGGUUGUUCUUUUGACAAAAGCAUGUACUCACACUCCACCUUCAGUUGGUUAAAGAAGUCAGAGCGAGCACAGCAGUAUUUGUGGGUGUUUUCAGUGCAUACUAUAUGCAGCAAAUUGAAGUUUACCUAGCCUUAUUAAAGAAAAUGGCACAGUAUACUGCCAGCCUUAAAGAGUGAAUCACAAAGAAAAAUCAGAUGUUGUAAAUAUGACAGAACAAUUAAUUAAACAGUUGCCAUGUAGGCAAUCUACCAGUAAUUUAAAAAAAAAAAAAAAAAGAGCUUAAAGCUUUGUGGUUUGUUUUUUUUGUUGUUGUUGUAGUUGACAUCUAUCUGUACCAGGUGAUGGUAGACUAAUAAGAAUUUAAAAAUGCCACAGAUUCAAGAAAAAUUCAUCUUCCUGAAUUGCCAGGUAGGUCACCAAGUGUUUAUAGAAGUUAUAGAACUUUAUCCAGAAAUAGAAACAGCUUCUGAAGUCAUGGUGGCAAUGCCUUCUUCCAAAGCUUCAUGUUUAUUCAGCUGUGGUGGAUGGCUGUCACUCUGGAGGUGUCCCAGGGUUCGAUUUUCAACCUUAAUCCCUGGAUGGAGGUAGCAGAGAGUGGACAGAGAUGGCCUGUCAAGAAUAUCUUGUUGAGCUGCACCUGAAAAUGCUUUGGAAAUGAGCCUUGAAGUGAAGUGCAUGUCACAUGUGAAACACUAAGUGUGUUACUGUAUGUUAAGAAUUUAUUUAUGUGACCAGACACUUAUAUUUUAUCACAGAAUGAUUACAGAUGUUGUCUUCUCUUGUAUGUGCAAGUCACAAAACCACUGCAGCUGCUACAGCCCAAUCUAGUGUCCCAUGAAAGCCUGAGGGCAGGCAGGAGUUUUUGGAUUUGCCCACGCGAUUCGGGUAGCAGAUUCCUGCUGUGAUGAGUAAGGGUGGCUGCGCAGCCCCAAACCCCUCAGCCCUCGUCCCUCCCAGCGCUGCGGGCUGCCCAUGAUUUUUCCAGCAGUCUGGCCAGGGCAGGUAUGCAGCAAUGGGUGCUGCAGGGCUCAGCUGCUCUCUACAGUAGCUGCAGUUUCUGUGUCCCAGUAAAAUGGCAAAUCUAACUGGAGAGGUGGUGGGAGUGCUUGCAAGGGCGGUGAGGAGCACAGGCACAGCAUCUCCAACACAUAUCGGAAACUCGUAUUUUACCUGUAUGUUCUUCAGCUCUUUGAUAUGGGAAUGAAUCACUGCAAUUUUCGUUGAAGACUCAAAAGAUCAUAGGAACUGAA